GGGUGGGGGGCAGCUAAACCAGGACACAAACACUGAGCCACUGCUGCUUCGUCCUGUGACUUCAACUCUGACACAUUUAUCAGGAUGGACGGAGCCGAUGACAUGGAUGAAGAUGAACUCCUGGACUACGACGUUCAGGUGAUCAUUCAGGAGUCGUGUCAGAGAGAACACCUGACAGAAUCAGGGAGGAGUGGAGCUCUGAAGCUUGUGGAUGCUAUUGAACGAGGUGACAUGUUGGCUCUGCAGGAGCUCUGUGAUUUCCCAGCAGCCUUCAGUCAGGAGGACGAGCACGGCUGGUAUCCUCUGCAUAGGGCGGCGGUGCAACCUCUGGUCUCAGUCCUGGAGACGGUGCUGUAUGCAUCUUUCAGACUGACUCUGGAGGAAAAGACUCUGGAGGGUGAGACCUUCCUGACUUUAGCAGUCAAAGCCGGUUUGGUGGAAAAUGUGAAGAUGCUGCUGGACCAUGGAGCGUCUCCUCACACCACCAACAGCAAGAAUGAGUCUCCUCUGCUUUUAGCAGUCAGAGCCGGAUCUCAUCAGAUGGUCUCCUGUCUGAUAGCUGGAGGAGCUCAGGUGGGGCAGGUGUGUCUGAAGAAGUGGACGGCCAUGCACGAGGCCUCCAGGGCCGGGUGCGUCCACGUCAUGGAGCUCCUGUUGCAGCAUGGAGGUCAGGUUUCGCAGACAGACCAGCAUGGAGUGACUCCUCUGGGCAUCGCAGCAGAAUAUAGCCACGCUGAGGUCCUGGAGCUCCUCAUCAAACAUGGUGCUGAUGUGAACGCUCAGGCGCCCAAUGGCGACAGCGUCCUGUAUGACGCUGCAGGUUCAGGGAAUCCAGAUUGUAUCGACAUCCUGCUGCAGCACGGAGCAAAUCCCAACAUCCACAACCUGAGCUCCCAGCUGCCGAUCCACCGAGCGGCAUACGAAGGACAUUACUUAGCUUUAAGGAUUUUGAUCCCAAUCACGACCCGGCGGGCCUUGAGGCUCUCAGGUCACAGCCCCAUCCACUCCGCUGCUGAUGGAGGCCACGCUCACUGCCUGGAGCUGUUGCUGCAGAAAGGUUUUGACAUCAACGCACUGUUAGCCCCUCACAUCUCUGAAAACUACGGCGACAUGAGGAAGAGCCCGCUAUACUUUGCAGUCUCCAAUGGGGACGCUACCUGUACCGAGAUGCUGCUGAAGUCUGGAGCCAAACCUGACCUGGACCCGCUGUGCUGCCUCCUGGUGGCUGUCAGGUCAGGACGCUAUGAGAUCGUGAAGCUGCUGCUGGCGGCCAAAGCAAACGUGAACUGUUACUUCACAGCGGUGAACGACACCGUGUUUCCUACAGCACUGCAGUACUGCCUGAAGGACGAGGUGAUGAUGAGACUGCUGCUCAACAACGGCUACGAUGCUGAAAAGUGUUUCUGCUGCAACCAUGACGACGACUGGGACGACCUGACUGAGUCUGAUUACUCACAGCAUCAGGAGGAGAAAGUCGCUUUUUGUGAUUUUGUCAGUGUCUCCUGGCUGGUGAACCUGGUGGGUCGAGUCGUGUUGAUCCUCCUCGAGUACGUCGGUCAGGUUUCUCUCUGCGGCAAACUGACGAAGAUCUUGGAGAAACACAAAGAGUGGCCUCACAUUCAGCUGGACCACACGUGAGUUAACUUUGUGGUAGAAACAAUCAGAAUUUAAAGAACUGCUACAGAACUGUUACAGACCUGUUUGGUUUCACUUUGGUUCAAACCACUUGUUUCUCUGUGAGCCAGGCAACACUCGGUCUCUGUCUCACCUGACCAGAGUGGUGAUCCGGAAACACCUGAGCUGCAGCAGUCUGAUGUCCAUGCAGCUGCCCAACAGGCUGAAGGACUACCUGCUGUUCAAAGACAACGACCUGUACUCCAAAAUCAUCUGCAGGGAGGACUGAGGGGAGGAGGAUUUCUCUCUGAUCUACUGAGUCUUAAACAUUAACAAUGACUUUGUGUGUUUUAUUAUUUUUUUUACUUUUGUGGGUUUUGUAACGGGGCCUGUAUUUAUCAAAUGUAUAAAAGUUACACUUACAAGAACCAACUCAGGAGUCAAAUCUGAGCAGUUUCUUCUAUGAUUAGUGAAGUUUAUCAGUGCUUUCACACUGUCCUUGUUUGGUCUGGACUGUCUGACCUUUCAGUUUGGUCUGAACCAAAUCUGCUGUUUUGGUUCAGACCAAACUGAAAGGUCCAAAAUUUGAUCUGACCAAAUGAGGUGGUCUGGAUCUAGAUCAAACUGAAUCAUGGUUCAAUGAGGAAAAAUUGUUGAAAAGUUAAAAAGAGAGAAAUGUUGAAACUUUUAUUUUCUAAGAGGAUUAGUUAAAUCAUCAACUUGCAAAAUUGCAACACAAAACCAAAACCACCUCUGAACCUUGGUUCAGACUGGUCAGAAUUUUUACUUUUACCAUUCGAUCAAGUCCAAAGUCACUUUUAGCAGUCUGAUAAACACAAGCCCUGGUUUGUACUGUAUGACUGUAAAUGAAUUUUUUCACAUACCUGCAGUCAGUUCCUGAUCAGUGUCAGUCACUUCUUCACUGUGUCAGGUGACUCAGAUUUCUGGGACUCAAGUGUUGGAGGAUGUAGCCUCUUAGUUGUGACUCUGUUUGUGGAAAUACAGCAGACCAGGUGAUGUUCAGACCAUUACGUAACCAAAAGCAGGAAAUGUAUAUACUGUAAAUUCUGAAAUAAAAGCCAGCCUUCAAACAGUG